UUUACCAGUUGUCUUUCUCCUCGUCUUUCCAUCUCCUAACCUCCAGGACUUAUUGGAAGAUGAAGUUCACUAACGUCCUGCCGCUUGCGGCCCUCGCCAGCGCCUACGUCGUCUCUUCCGAGCAGGUCUUGGGAGAGCUUGCCAUUGAGGACCACCACGGGCACACCGGUGUCGAUGGCUGGCUCGAAACCGCUUCCGCCACCAAGGAUGAGCUCUUGAAAGAUAUCAAGGAGCAGUUCGAAGAGGUCUCCGAAGCCGGGAAGGAUGCUUGGAGCAAGAUUCAUAGGUGUGGCAAGCAAGCCAAGAAUACUAUGGACGCCGCUUUCGAGCGUGCAGCCGACGACGUCUAUUCAUUUGGAAAGAGCGUAGAAGACGCUGCUCAUGACAUCGGAUCUUGGUGGGAGGAUAGCGACAUCCUUGAGAAUCUCGAGGGCGGUCAUCACAGGCCAGGCCACGGCAAGAAGCCAAGCCACCCACCGCAUCACAAACCAAAUGAGACUGUCUAUCAGAUGAUCGCUGGCAGCAAGUACACCACCAAGCUUGCAGAGCUCAUUUCCGAAUACGACGAUAUCGUGGAUCUUCUCAACUCCACCUCGGCUGGCAAUUUUACUGUGUUUGCUCCCACGGACAAAGCGUUCGCCAAGGUCCCGGAAGGCGCACCGAAGCCGAGCAAGGAAGUACUCAAGGCGAUUCUGGCAUACCACGUUAUCCCGGACUUUUACCCUGCCGGACGUGUCCUCGUUAGCCACACUGCUCCGAGUUUGUUCAAGACGAAGGAGCUGAGCGACCACGAGGAACCACAGCGCCUCACGUUCAGAAUUGGUCUUAAUGGACUAUCUGUCAAUUUUUACAGCCGCAUUGUGGCAGUCAACAUUUUUGGUACUAACGGUGUCAUCCACGGCGUUGAUAGCGUGAUCUUACCACCUCCAUCUGCCAUCAAGGCGAUCGAUUUGUUCCCAGGAGAGUUCAGCACCCUUGAGCUCGGACUUGGCAAGACUGGUCUGCUCGAAAAGCUCAACACAACCAGAGGCGAGGGUAGUGGUGGCACAUUCUUCGCCCCAAGCAACUUUGCUUUCCAGAAAUUGGGACCAAGAAUCAACGCCUUCUUGUUCUCGGAUUAUGGUCGCAAGUAUCUCAAGGCCUUGCUUGAGUACCAUGUCGUGCCAUACCACACUCUCUACUCGGAUGCUUACUACAAGCCAAAGACUGAAGCCAUGACCAUUCCGAAGGGUCUGUUCCAUGUCAAUUUGCCAACGAUGCUCAAGGACCGUGAACUCAGUGUCGACGUCGGCCGCUACGGUGGCUUCAUCAGCAUGAAGGUGAAUGGAUUUGCUACUGUCAGAGUCCAGGAUGGUGUUGUGGAAAACGGCGUCAUUCAAGUCGUCGGCGACGUCUUGAUCCCACCAAAGCAAUUGGCCGGUGCCGAGGAGCAUUGGGACGGCAGCGAGCUCACUGUUGAGGAUUUGAAGGAGCGUCUUGAGCCCUUCGUCCCCAAGACCGACCUUUAAGACUAUCAUUUGGAGGAGUAAAUCGAGCAGCUGCGGUCAAGGUAGCCUACGACGUGUUACGAAUGUAUGGUAUGAUAGGGAUCAGCAGGAAAAGCUCAAAUAAAGUAUAUUUGCUUUCGAUCCGUCAUACACGCUUCGUCUUGAGGCCAUGUCGGAAGUCGUGGCGUUG